AGUCUGAGGUCUGCAUAAUAUUAACAUGUUAUUACCAGAGGUGUUUUAGAUAUUGAUCCUGUAGUCUGUGGUAGUUAAACUCACUCACCCACCUCACAGGUCCAUACCUGCUUUUCUAAUUUAAUAAAACAAGUGACAGGAAAUUUUGUAAAAAUGCCCAAGAGGAAGUCACCCGAGGGAGCAGAGGCCAAAGACGCCACCAAAGUUACAAAACAUGAGCCUACUCGGAGGUCAGAGCGUCUUUCCUCAAAACCAGCUCCUCCUAAAGCUGAACCAAAAGCCAAAAAGCCAGCUGCCAAGAAGCCAUCCAAUGACAAAGUGGUAAAGGAGAAGAAGGGCGGAGCCAAAGGAAAGAAAGAGGAGAAAGAAUCGGCGCCCACUGCAAAUGGAGAGACCAAGCCAGAGGAGAUCUGUGUCUCACGCUCAUCUGUCAGUGUGUCAUCAUGGAGAAGUUCCGCCCCCUCCUUCCUGUCCAUCCGAGGGCAGAGUGAGAGUGUUAGAGUAAAGGGUACGAGAGUUUGUAGAGUGCAGUGUGUGCUUGUGUGCUCUUCGCCAUCACAUCUAGAUAUAUAUUCAACCAUCUCUUUAUCUGAGACCAUAGAAAAAAGAGAAAUGAGCAGAAUUUAAUUACAUUGUGAAUGACUGGUAGCCAAGGUUAACAAAAUGUUGAGUGCAUUAAUUUUGAUAUUAUGGAUCACAACUUUUUGUGAAGUUGAAGUGUGAUAUUCCAGAGUGUACCCAAUUGCAAUAAUAAUUACUGUAUUCAAAAAGGUUUUCAAACAGUCAUUGCUCAGUCUAUCCACAUCCGGUUAGGAUAGAAGAAAGUAUUUAUUUAAAAAUACACUCUUCACCUUGAAUUUAAUUUAAUUUACAAUUUAAGUUGAUUUACUUAUUAUAACGUAAACAUAAGUAUCUGUUUUUUUUCCUGUUGUUUUUUAUAAGGGAAGUUGUUGAGUUUAAAGGAAUAAUUCACGAAAAAAUGAAAAAUUUCUGGAUGAAUGGAUCAUCUACAGUGAAUGGCUUUGUUAAAUGUUAAAACAGCUUGUAAAAGCAUUACAAUAAUCCACAAGUAAUCCAAAUGACUCCAGUCUGUAAAUUAACAUCUUGUGAGGUGUAAAGCUGCAUGUUUGUACAAAAAACAUUUUUUUACAUCAAAACCAUUACAAGUCCCCUUUGGCUAAUACUACUUUCUCUAGUGAAAACAUUCUGAAUCAAGAGAGAAAUAUGCUUAGAUCCAGCACCAUUUACAAGUGACAACAUUUCAAAACAGUUAAAGAUAAAACACUUUAAUACUACAAACAAGCAGCUUUUCACUUCACAGGAUUCUAAUCAAUGCACCAGAGCUUUGCAGAUUGCUUGUGGAUUAUUGUGAUGUUUUUAUCAGGUGUUUGGACUCUCAUUCCGACGGCACCCAUUCACGUAAGAGGAUCCUUUGGAGAACAAGUGAUGUGAUAAAUUUCUCCAAAUCUGUUUUGAUGAAGAAUCAAACGGAUCUAGAGUGAGAACAUUUUCAGCCAUUUACAUCUUUGAGUGAACUAUUCCGUUAACAAAUUAUUUUAUGAUUUUUUUAAUUUGAGGUAAGUUGUGGUCAUCAUUUGUAUGUGGAUUUACUCAUACUAACUGAGUGGCUUUUGUUCUGUCUGUCUGACUUCACAUCAGGUAAUCUAACAGUUUUAGAAAAACGUAAGUCCUAUCAAAACGUUCUCUGCAUUAGGAAAUCAUAUUCUUUUUCUUCUGUGCUUUUCCCCCCCUCU